AUGAACGGUGGUGGGGUUAAAAGGCCAGUAGACCAAAACACCACCGGAGAUGGCGCCGUUGCGAAUUCGAAAAAAGGAACAAGCGGGCAACAAAGAAAGCAGCACCCUCCGAAGCGAGGAGCUGAAAAGCAGCGAACGGAAGACGACGUAAGAUCACCGGUAGGAAGGGAUGUAAACACACAAGACACAACGCGCACCGUCACUUCUUCAGGGUUGAGGCGUUUGAGUCAUACAAAGGACGUGAAGCGGCCGUGUUCAUCCGAUCCAAUUACCGAGAUCCAGUGCGAGGCAGGAGUCGCGACAAGAAAUAGGACCCGACGUGUGAACCCGCCAGACUCGCUGUGCACGUUGGUUUCGAUUGGCGGCACAAACUUCAAUGAAGAAAAACCAGACGAAAAAAAGAAAGCUGGGCACAACUUCUCAAGCGAUGCAAAAUCCGAAAAUUGGACGGCAGCAGCGGCAUCUGAUACGAAGGGCUUUAAGGGAAAGUCUCUGCCGCCUAAAGUGGAGUCGCCGCCCUCGUUGUCUCCAGCAUGGAUUCUCCAUCGAGGAAGAAUAGACCCCAAACAAUUUCAACAGCAGCGGCAACAGCAGCGUCAGCAACAAACGGAGAAAAGCCUGUUAACAGAAGAUGAAUUGAGUGUCUUUGCAGGGCUUGCAAUUCUUGACGGAAAUGGUGGCUGCGGUGAUGAUAAUGAUGAUGAUGAUGGCAGCGUGGAGUAUGAGGAUGAGUCCGUCGUGGUAUGUCCCUUCCGACUUGUGGGUAGCUGCGUGAAGGGGCAGCACACGGAGAGAGAAAUGCUUUCAAGUGACACCAUUCACUCGCACUUAAUGUCAUUGGCAGGCCUUGUGCAUGAAUUACGCACCGAGCAACGCAUCACGGAGAAGGAAUGCCAGAAGCUGCACGUGAGGUUAGAGUCGCAGAAGAUAACCAUUGAACGGUUGGAGCGUUACAUUUUGGCUCAAUGCCCUGCCUCAGGAAAAUUAUUACAAACAGAAGCCACGUCUCCGCAUGAAAUAGGCCCUCAGGCUCCGAGGACGGAUGCUGGUAAACACCCCAAGGGUAAUAUUCUGCCGGGAUCCAUUCUGAAGCCUGCGCAGGACCGAUCGGUGCCUAUGAAACCGGAAAUGAACUCGUUGAGCAACAGCAAGCUUCAUUUUGGGGGCGAGUCAUUUUCAGAACGCGUACGACGCAAAACGUCAGUGGAGACGCCUGCUUUUGAACCGUGUAACGCGGUGGCGACGAAAAAAGGAGAAUUUGUCGGUUAUGAGGGUGAUCGUCAUGGAUCUGUAAAAUACAUGGCUGAAGAAUUAGGCACACCCGUCGACUUAUCGCGUGCGGCGUUGGAUUUGUCGCAAGUGAGUGCGACGGGCGGAGCAUCCAGAAAAGGGGCAAAUAGACAUGCUAGCGGAAAACAGCAGCAUCAGAAACAGGGAAUGCCAGACUGGCGAGGGCAUAAAGGACAAGCACAAGAUGACAGGUACGGCGGUGCCGUUGGUGUGGUGGACGACUCACGUGGUGAUGUUCUCAGUCCCAUCCCUACAGUUGUUGGCCUGCAAGAUAACGACAUGUCGUCAAACGAUGACGUUGUUGUGGCGGUGGCUUCCAGUGUGCAUCCAUCGGGUGACGCCGUGCAGCUCCCAGACUUGGGCGAGCGUUGUACGGCAAGUUCAAAGGUCCUUCUGGGGAAAAAUAACGGAAAGCAGAAUGGGACACGUGAGAAGGCUAAAAAAAGGACCAUUCAAGGGAAUUCCCAUAGCUUUGGCUCCUCGAACGAAAAAACAAAGCGACAAGGGAAAAAUUUACGCUGCGUAGAUUCUGCGUUGGAAGAAGCGCAUCUAUCGAUUUUGCGACCGAACCCAAAGACAUUUGUAGAGUUCGGACAAUUACGGUUGAGGUACCAUAAAGCUUGUUGUUUCACUCUAUAUUUAUUUUUUAUCGUCAUUAUUUUUUUUAUUUGGUCUUAUUUUCUUGGUGUUUUUGCCUGA